CAGGUCGCUCCUCUGGAGGGUGUGUAUGUGUGCGGUCGGUGGCUGAGUGCAGACUUCUCUCAGCGUCGAUCUGCAAAACAGUUACCGAGCUAAGGACGAGAAAAAAAGAAUAGAGGAACAGCAUAAUUUCCCAGUCUUUGCCAUGUUGUCGACGAUAUUUUUGCAACGACUACUUUGAUCUCAUCAGAACUGUCGUUUUUGAAGACUUAGGCCACAAGAAACCAAAGCAGAAAUUAAUGCAUCGGAGCCUGCGGCGCUGUUUGUUUUGACCUGUGUUGCUACUAGGGAUCCUGUUUGAGGGAUUUGCGGUCUGUCAAUGAGGAACUACCGGCUCAUCUUCUGCCACAACCUGAAGCAGCCUUAGAUGGUUCAGGGCUUCAUUGGCCAGAGGAGGAGAGGAUAAGAAACACUUUCACUGCUACACGGAGUGAGGUUUUGGUUUGUGGUGAGGAGGAGGCAAUGAGGAAGAGUGUGUCUCUGUUGCCAUGCAACGAGGGCAGGAGCUCAGGCAGCACCACUCGUGUUUUUGGCGUUCCAUUGGAGGAGGUGUCACGCACACUUACAAUCAACGGCCACGAGGUCCCUGCAAUAGUGAAAUACAUCGUGGACUAUAUCGAGGAGCAUGGUCACCUGGACCUGGAGGGUCUCUUUCUCGUUAAUGGCAAUGCAGAACGUGUUGAUUGGCUGCGUCAGCGCUACGACAGUGGUGAACAGGUGGAACUAGAGAAGGAGGCCGAUCUGGCGUCAGCCGUAAGUUUGCUCCGACUCUUCCUGCAGGAGCUUCCUGAGCCUGUCAUUCCAACAGAGAUCCAGGGACACAUAUUGCAGCUCUACCAAGAUUACAGCAGUGAGGAGGAGUUGUGUAGGAAUCUGAAAUACCUGCUCCAGCAGCUUCCCCAAUUGAACUAUGGCUUGCUGCGUUUCCUGUGUCGCUUCUUAGCCAGUGUGGCAUCUCUGCAGCAGGAUAGCUGGAGUGUGGGGGCGCUAGCUGCAGUCUUUGGUCCAGACAUCUUUCAUCUAUCAACUGAAGGAGAGAACAUUAAGGACCAGGAGUCUGUGAGUAGAGUCCUGGCAGAGCUGCUGGACAAUCAGGAGGGACUGUUUGAUUCAGAAGAUGAUGAUGUUUCCACCACCAAUGACUACAGCUCCAUCAAUGAACAGAUCACAGAGUUGCUAGAUGACGAUAAGUGUGAGGCAGAAUGCGAGGAGCUGCCUCAGGAUGGGGAGGAGGGUCUGGCUUCCUCCAACUCACCACAGCACUCUUACACCUAUGACAGCCCUCGGGCGUCAAUACAUCUUACUCUGUGCUCACUGCUUACUUCAGAGACAGUGCUUAUAUUUCAGCGAACCAUCAGAGCUGCAGUGGAGCAGCACUUCUUUGACCUGCAAACCAAGAGCAUUGACCGCAGUCUUAGCAACUAUGAUAGCCAGGGUGAAACUGCAGACAAGGGCUGCAAUGGAAGUGAGGAGAAGCAGACAGAACCUGAAGAGAGUCCCUGUGACACAGAGGGGGAAACCUCACUCAGUCAGAACGAGCCACACGUACAAGAGAGUCGAUCAGAAACACAGGAUUCACAGAACUCUGACGCCUCACAGGCAGAAACCCUAAGAAUGGACCUGGAUGCUGAGGCUGAUACAGAUGCUGAAAACCAUAUAAACACUGCCAGGCAGGACAAUCAUCCCUGUGAUGCCAUGGACCAGACUGACACCAUACAAUGUGACACAGACUCUUGUCACUGUGAUCAGAACGCCAACACCAGCGAGACCAACAGGAACCAUCUGCCCCAAACAAACGCUGGCCAGAACUCGCACCUGCAACUAUUUCACGACAACCAGUGGGAAGCGUCACCCCCCUCUCAUCUCCACCUCCCUCCCAUAGACUUCUCAUGUAUGCACCUGCAAAAAGAAGGCCAAGAUCCCAUCCCAGCUUUCAAAUCCUGGCAGGAUGACAGCGAGAGCGGGGAGGCGCAGCUCUCACCACUGGCAGGCCGUAUGGUUCCUCUCCCUCCGCUGCCACUUGAGGAAGAUGGCGAGGAAGAGGAAGGAGAGACAGGACAAGAAGCCUCUCCCUCCUCUUGUCGCUCUCACCAUCACCUGCUUGCUCGACGUUUCCUCGACUUUGGCGCACACAGUGCUCAACGAUUCCUCCAGCAGGACCUUGAUGCCACUUCGCCAACCAAAGCCCAGAGGCCACGUCGAGCAUCAUUUGGCUCUAAAGAGGCAAUAAGAGGAGGAGGAGAUGCAGUGCUGCAUCAACUCACCAAAAAGCUUCAACACCUUAAGAAGAAAAUCAAACAGUUUGAGGAGCAGUUUGAGAAGGAAAAGAACUACAAGCCGUCUCAUGGGGACAAGGCAGCUAACCCCAAAGUCCUGAAGUGGAUGACAGAUUUAACCAAGAUCCGAAGGCAAAUUAAAGGACGCCAGCACCACCUUUUACCCAGGAGCACGUUGAGGCACCAGGCUUUGCUCCAUUUACACAGACGCCACCAUGCUCUCUCUUCCUCCCCUUCCUCCUCCACCUCCUCUCCUCUCUGCUCUCCUCCCCAUCACACACUCACCCCCCUGCAUCACCCCCACUCAGGCCUGAACUCUAGACCGUUUCAAGUCAAUGCCAAACACCGUGCAGAGUGUGAGCUCGGCCCUCAGACUCGUCCUCGCAGCAACACCCUGCCCAAGAGCUUUGGCUCUACGCUGGAUCAAAGCACCCACGAUACAGCGGGGGAAUGUAAGGGUUCACAUCCCACAAGAGAGGAAACAUUGGAGCUGAUUCAAAGCAGGGUCAAAGGGAGGAGGCAGGAGGACGGCUGGCCUGAGGACAUCAAGAAGAUGACAAAAGAGCAGUUGUCGUGUGAGAAGACAGUCCUACAGAAGAACCUGCUGCAUUACGAAGGUCUUCACGGUCGACCGGUGACCAGAGAAGAACGCCAGGUGGUCAAGCCUCUCUAUGAUCGAUACCGUUUGGUUAAGCAGAUGCUGAGAGUCAGCAUCACACCUGUCACAGUGUCUCCCUCUAGUAAGAGACGAAGUCAGAUCCUGCAGCCAAUCAUCGAGGGGGAAACUGCUCAUUUCUGGGAGGAGAUCAAAGAGGAGGAAGAUGAGGAGAGGGAUACUGAAGGAGGAGAGGAAGAUGAUAAGGAGGAGGAGGAGCAGGAGGAGGAGGAAGAAGAGGAGGAGGAGGAAGGAGAAAGUAGCGGUGGGGAAAUGCAGAGCCCUGAUGUUAUCAUGGCCGUGGAUCUGGUGACUCCCACAGACAGACAAAUGAGGAGCCAGAAUUCACACGAUUGUCCAAUGAGAGGCAAGCUGGAGGAGGGCUCAGGAAGGCUGGCCUUGGACCUACGACUCUCCAGCUCUAAUGCAUCAUCCAUGCCCGAGCUGCUGGAACAGCUGUGGAAAGCCAGGGCAGAGAAGAAGAAGCUAAGGAAGACCAUCAGAGAGUUUGAGGAAGAUUUUUAUCAGCAUAACGGAAGAAAUGUCCAGAAAGACGAUCGGGUACCGAUGCUAGAAGAGUACAGGGAGUACAAGAGGAUCAAGGCCAAACUCCGCCUCUUAGAGGUCCUGAUCAGCAAACAAGAUUCCUCCAAAUCAAUCUAGACCCCACUCCCUUUGACAUCAUCACGUAAACACUCACCACAUUCAUCAAGGACCACAAGUUCAUUGGUGCUGCAAUCAUGUCAUGGAAAAAAAGUGUGAGUAAGUGAGGUCGUUUACAGAUUAAACCAAAGCAGUUUUAAGUUCCCCUCCGCAGAAAAGUUCCUGCAGUACUUUUUGAAGGAGCGGGAACCUUUUAACUUUAGUAUCAGCAUCAGUUUGUUUGCAAAAUGUUUGAAAACGCUUCAAAUAUUCAUUUGAUUAACAACAAGUGUUAAGGCUUGAAGCCAAUACUUAGUACUUUAAGUAUUUUUACAUCCAAACUCAUACUGAAAAUGAUUUAGCUGUUGUACUAGAAAUGGUAGGACUUAUUUAUUAUAAUUUAAUUUAAUCCGAGGAAUUCUGAAGUGUUGACAUGACUGCAGCAGCAGUGAAGCCUGAACUCCAUUGUGUUCGUUCAUCAACUUUACCUAAGACUUUGCACUUUCUCGUCCUCGUCCUUCAAAGGAAACAAACUGACCUUUUAUUUCAGGAACUUUUUUUAUUUUAUUUUUUCUGAGAAAUUUUAUUAUCGACUCUGUUACUUUCUACACCUUCAGAAUUCAAAUCUGAAUCUUACAUCUGCAUCGGCACGAGUCCAUUGGACAUUUAAAUCUCUGGAUCUCCCCCUCCUCUUCAAAGCUUUGGACUGAUUUUUAAAUUUACUGAUGAAUUUGAAAAAAUCCUUCUAAUGUUUCUUUGGUAAAAAAUAAUAAUAAUAUUAAUGGUUAAUGUUCACUGAGACUCUGUUACUGUUUACUGAAAAAUAAUCUAAUAUGGGGAAGAAAAAAGUUUUGUACUCACAGUCGGAUUUUGGUUUUCCUGUUUUUCAUAAGGUGAAGCUUCAUUCUGACAAAGCACUGAUUUAAAGUUAUCAUAAGCUCAGUUCAGACCAUGUGGUGCAGGUGGAUGUAGAUGGUGCAGGAAUGAUCCAGAACACUCACAUUUUUUUACUCGCUAGAUAGAGAUUUUUUUUAGAUUCAGAAUGAUUGUAGAUUAAAAUUAGUCGAAGCAGAACAUUUCUGAUAGUUGUCUGUUUUUUUCUGAGAUGGUGAUAGUUACAGGUGCCAUUGAUAAUCUCUCUGGUUGAGGAUUUGAAGCUUUAUAAGUUUGUUCAUGUACAGAUAAGGCAGCGUGGCUGCCAGCACUGAUUUUAAGUAGCAGACAGACACUGAGGAGGUUUGAUGCAGCUUACCGUUCUGAAUCUCCUGAGAGGAGACGUUCAGCUGAGGUUCUGGACAGCUUCGUUUCCUGCUGGCAGGUAAAAUAAGGGCAGAUAAGAAGGUAGAGGAGGAGGAAGUUAACAGUCUGAUGUCUGAUGUAUGCCAAAACUUUCUUUUUUACCCUUUUAAAGACUGUCAUCUAAAUUAUCGCCAUGUUCUUUCUGUCAUUGUUGCUGCAUUUUGGCUUUAGAUGGUUACAAGUUAGCAAAGGCUUGUUUAGUAGCUGAGGUUUAAAGGAGUUUGAAAAAGUUUGUCACAUACAAAAUAAAUCAAGCCCAAACUAUUUAGGUGUCUCAUUGACCCCAUGUUUCAAAAUGAAUCUGUUGAGCAUGCACAGAGGCUUUAACAUCACCUGUAAUGACAGUGUGUUUCAACUCCGCACAAGUCUUGAAUCUGUUCUAGUGUUUGCCAAAGUAGCUUAGUGCUAAAAAGGGAGAGUAGACAUAAUUAGAUGCUGCAAUGAAACACCUAGUAGCAUAUAAUGGCUUAAAAAAAAACAACAACAACAACCUCUUCCAUCUAAAAUAUGCUGCUUGUUUUGAUUUUACGCCUAAAGCACCCCCUGCUGGAUUACUUUACCGUUGACAAUCUGAGACUUACUCUUUCUAAAUUUUAACCCUCCAAAUUUUGAGGAGUUUAAACACAUAUUGAAGCUUUGGAUGACAAAUGACCCCCCAGUAGCAGCUGACAGCGGAGACAGUACCUGAUGGUGUGAACAACCGUCAUUGGAUGUUCAUAAAAGCAAGGUUUUUGCACAGCAUUCCUAGAAUGCGGCCCUUGUGUGUGUGUGUGUGUCUGUGUUGGUUUUUUUUUCCUAACAAUGAAGCACUACUUCUACAUAAAGAUAAAUAUUUACUGUAUAUAAAGAAACACCUGAAGUAAUGAAUGUCAGAAAUGUUUAAAUUAUUUCAAACGUCACGUUGGCCCCUGUCUGUCGAUUAUAUUUGUGAUGCCCAAAAAAAUGUGUCUUUUUUUUCUCACUCUCAUUAUAAAUAUCACAAACACUAUUUUGUGUGAUUAAUGAAUCUAUUAAUCUUUUUGUAUUUACUGACUGACUGUAUAAGAAAACAGCUGUAACACUGUGUGGCUAAUGCUAAUCAAAGCUGAACCUGCUCUGUUUCUGAUUUCAUUUCCUGUCUGUGCGCGUUCAGAUAGAGAUUAUACUGUAGAUGAAUUUUGCAUGGCAAAGAAGAAACAUUAUGAAAACAAAAAAACAGUGUACGUCUUUGUUUCUGUUUUUCGUGCCAUGAAGCAGCAGCAAUAAUAAAAGUGUGUGCAGAUUUCACAGUC